UAAAGAAUUCCCGAUUUUCCAUUUUUUAAAACCAAAACCAUAAUUAAACAAGAAGAAGAAGAAGAAUAAUAUAUAAUUUGAAUUUUGCAGGAACAAUGCCAACUGUAAGAGAGCGAUCUUGCUCGGAAAAAGAGGUUCAAGCCAUUAGGUUUAAUUAUAAUGAGCAGCAAUGUUUAGAAAAGAAAAUAAACGGACUGAAACAAGAGGGAGCAUGCUCGAUUCAUCUUAUAAAUCAAACUCACAAGAAUAUCAAAGUUAGCUAUAAAUCUUUGAAGGACAAAGUUUCAAAAAUAAAAUCUCAUUUGAAUGUUAAAGAAAUUGAAGAGUUUAGAAGAUUGGAAAACAACGGGAAAAUUGAAAUAUUUAAAUCAAUUUCAAAACCAGAUUCAGCAAGUCGAAUUUCGACAUACGCUAAAAGAUUACAAAUUGAAUAUGAUGAAAAUCAAUCGGCUUCUGCAGCGAAACAUAGCGAUGAUUUAAUCCACAACAACCCUUUUAGUGACGAUGAUAUGACACGAAAGGAUCUUCUAUUAAGACAAAUAAGCGAUCUCAAUGAUCGUUUUAACGCUGUACGGGAGAAAGAAAGAGCUUUGGAAAAUGGACUUGUUCCUAAUAACACAACGAUAAUUUCUGUCAAAACUAAUAAGAAAAGAAACAAAAGUAACAGUGAUAACGAAACCGACCAGAGUGACAUACAACAAAGGACAAAUGUAAGUCAAUCCGAAACCUCUUCAAAAUAUAAGGGUUGCAGAAAGGAAUCAAUGCUAAGACCAAGUACGGCAUUUGACUUUUCUAGCAAUAAACCUGUACAUGACAUAAUACGACCAGCAACAAGUUUGGGCAAUUGUAAAUCUGAGGUAUUUGAAAACAAGAAAAAUAAAUCGUCGGCCAUCAUUAAACGAUCAAAGAGUGUAAAAGUAGCUCCUUCGAAAGAAUCAGCAUAUACUCAAGAAUUUAAAACUGUUAAGGAAAUCAAAGGUGUCAAAUCCAAAUCUGUUAGAAGAACAAAAAGUUUGAAAAAAGCUACAUCUCUUGAUAGUUCAAAGGAGAAGGAUAUUGUUACGGAACUUGACAUGCCACACUUGGCAGAUAAGAGUUUCAGCUCUGAACCUACCUUUAAAACCGAAAAGAACCCAAUUGAGAAUGUUAUCUCUGAAGGUGCUGUAGAGAAGCAUGUAUUAACCAACGUGGACGAAUAUUCCAAUAUAAUGCCGGAAGAACAAACAAAUAUCAAAACUUCAAAAGGAAAAGGACAAACUAGAAUAUCCAGUAGUUUUAAGCAUGGUAAUUCAGCCACAGAGCAUCACGUUUCCAUCUAUAAUAACCCAGACAGUCAGGGUAGCAAUAAAGCAAAACUAAAAAGGCACCACACUGUAAAAGUAAGGCCAACAACAGCUGUAAGCACGGGCUCUGAUAACAAUUCCGUACAAAACAUGAUUUUUAAGAAAGGUUCAAAGGUCAGACCGUCAACUGCCGUAAGCAAUUGCACAGAAAACAGUACACCUAGAAGUGCAGCAUUGUCUGCACUAUCUGGUAGAAGUGAAGCUGUGGCAAACAUAAUAGCGUGCAUGAAUGGUCCGCAACAUGCUCCAUUUGAUUGUCAUGCCGCUGCAGAAAGAGUGGAAAAAGAAAUCAAUACAAAAACAAUACUGGAAGAGGGCAGGACCAAAUUUUUAUCACGUGAUUCUGUUGAAAGCAAUCUCGGACAUGAUUUACACCAAGAGCUGAGAAAAGAACUUAUUCAAGAGGAAGAAAAAGAAGCAAUUAAAAUUGAGGAUAAAAUAUGCAGUUUUAUGGACAGAUUAAACGAUAAGUUGAAGUCAGAAAAUAAAAGUAAAGAAGCGUGGUCAGUUCAGACACCAAUGUUAACCGUUAACGAUUCGUUGAAACGCCAACCGGAUGCUCCUCAAAUCAAACGUGUAAAUAUGAGAAGACAAAAUAAGUUUUCUGAAGAGGAACAAAGAAAAAUGGAACAGAAUAUGUACAGAAGGUCAUCUUCAGCAUGGAAAGACGUAAACAAGUGUAGAUAUCUAAGGAUCGAAGAGAGUAAAAUAGAUUUAUCUGGGAUAAAAACGUUAGCGGCAGAUCAGUUUUCAUUGCUUAACAAUCUAAAAUAUGCCGGUUAUGAGGCGGUUGUUUAAUUUGUAACAUGACAGUGGCUUUAGUAGUGCUAUGAAUUAUUGGGGUGCAUAAUAUUUAUGGCAUAUUAUAUAUCAUUUUUGCUGAAACUAAAUCUAGAUAAUUCGAAUUGAAUUUUGUUAAGCUGACAACAUAAAUACAUGAAUGCAACUUG